CGCCUGGCUGCGGGGCUCCCGCCUGCUUUCGGGGCGGGUUCGCCCUGCUUUGGCGGGCGGGCGAGCGGUGGCCGAGGACGGACGCCUUUGGGGUGGCCUUCGCGUCGUGACACCCUCGCUGACUACCUUCCCCCGGGGACCGCGACUUGUUGGAGUAGGAACCAGGACAUAAGUCGCUUCACCUUUCCUGGAGAAACCUGGAUGUGGAUCUGCUCUGCUAGCAGCUGUCUGCAUCUAGUUACUAAGUUGAUGCUACAUAAGUUGAAAUCUACAUUUGCCUCUCAGUUUCCCAAGUUGUAAGAUCUGAUGGCCAAAAGAAAGGAAGAAAAUUUCUGUUCUCCUGAAAAUGCUAAAAGGCCAAGACAAGAAGAACUGGAAGAUUUUGAUAAAGAUGGAGAUGAGGACGAAUGUACAAUUUCUUUCACUAAUGGGACCUCUACUUUGACUGCAGCAGAAGUUGGAAUAAUUGAGAGUAUUCAACUAAGAAACUUCAUGUGCCAUUCAAUGCUUGGACCUUUUAAAUUUGGUUCUAAUGUCAACUUCGUUGUUGGCAAUAAUGGAAGUGGGAAGAGUGCUGUGCUCACCGCUCUCAUAGUUGGUCUUGGUGGAAAAGCAGUUGCUACUAAUAGAGGAUCCUCUUUAAAAGGUUUUGUAAAAGCUGGACAGAACUCAGCAGACAUCUCAAUAACGUUAAGGAACAGAGGUGACGAUGCCUUCAGGGCAAAUGUGUAUGGCGACUCCAUAGUUGUGCAGCAACACAUUAGUGUGGACGGAAGUCGGUCUUACAAACUAAAAAGUGAAAAAGGCACCGUGGUUUCUACUAAGAAGGAAGAGCUCAUUGCAAUUCUUGAUCAUUUUAACAUCCAGGUGGACAAUCCAGUUUCUGUUUUAACACAAGAGAUGAGCAAGCAGUUCUUACAGUCUAAAAAUGAGGGAGACAAAUACAAAUUCUUCAUGAAAGCAACCCAACUUGAACAGAUGAAGGAGGAUUAUUCAUAUAUUAUGGAAACAAAAGAAAGAACAAAGGAGCAGAUAAAUCAAGGAGAAGAGCGACUUACUGAACUAAAGCGCCAGUGUUUGGAGAAAGAGGAACGUUUUCAAAAUAUUGCCGGCUUAAGUACAAUGAAGACUAACUUAGAGUAUUUGAAACAUGAAAUGGCUUGGGCAGUGGUCAAUGAAAUUGAAAAACAAUUAAAUGCUAUUCGAGAUAAUAUCAAAAUUGGUGAAGAGCGUGCUGCCAAACUUGAUAGGAAAAUGGAAGAACAGCAGGUCAGACUUAAUGAUGCAGAAAAAAAGUACAAAGAUAUUCAAGAUAAACUAGAAAAAAUUAGUGAAGAGACAAAUGCACGAGCUCCGGAAUGCAUGGCUUUGAAAACGGACGUCAUCGCGAGGACGAGAGCCUUUAAUGAUGCCGAGGUUUUGUAUAACCGUUCCCUAAAUGAAUAUAAAGCAUUAAAGAAAGAUGAUGAACAGCUUUGUAAAAGAAUUGAGGAGCUAAAGAAAAGCACUGAUCAGUCUUUGGAACCAGAGCGCUUGGAAAGGCAACGAAGAAUCUGUUGGUUGAAAGAAAAGGUACAGGCCUUGCAGGACCAGGAAAGUUCCGUCAAUCAGGAGGCUGCACAGUUCGAACAAGUUAUAGAAAAGGACAAACAAGAACAUGUCCGGAUUAAGAGAGAAGAUUUAGAUGUGAGGCAUACACUGACCUAUAAUCAGAGACAAUUGAAAGAACUGAAAGAUAGUAAGACUGAUCGACUGAAAAGAUUUGGUCCUCAUGUUCCAGCUCUGCUGGAGGCAAUAGAUGAUGCAUACAGGCGGAGACAAUUCACUCAUAAGCCUAUCGGCCCUUUAGGUGCUUGCAUUCAUCUGCGGGAUCCAGAACUUGCAUUGGCCAUUGAAUCUUGCUUGAAAGGACUUCUGCAAGCCUAUUGUUGCCAUAAUCAUGCUGAUGAGAGAGUACUUCAGUCAUUGAUGAAAAAAUUUUAUCCGCCAGGGACUUCUCGGCCUCAGAUAAUUGUUUCUGAAUUUCGGAGUGAGGUAUAUGAUGUGAGACUCAGAGCUGCUUACCAUCCGGAGUUUCCAACUGUUCUGACAGCGUUAGAAAUAGACAAUGCUGUUGUUGCGAACAGUCUGAUUGACAUGCGGAGCAUAGAGACAGUGCUGCUGAUCAAAAAUAAUUCUGUAGCUCGGGCAGUCAUGCAGUCCCAAAAGCCACCUAAAAAUUGUAGAGAAGCUUUCACUGCUGACGGUGAUCAAGUGUUUGCAGGUCGUUAUUAUUCAUCUGAAAACACAAGGCCCAAGUUUCUAAGCAGAGAUGUGGAUUCUGAAAUAAGUCAUUUGGAGACUGAGAUUGAAAAUAAAAAGGCCCACAUAAUAAAUCUUCAGCACCAUUUGUCUGCCCUUGAGAAGGAUAUUAAAAGAAAUGAAGAACUCCUUAAAAGGUGCCAGCUACAUUAUAAAGAAAUAAAGAUGAAAAUAAGAAAAAAUAUUUCUGAAAUUCGGGAACUUGAGAAUAUAGAAGAACACCAGUCUGUCGAUAUUGCAACCUUGGAAGAUGAAGCUGAGGAAAAUAAAAUAAAAAUGCAGAUGGUUGAGAAAAAUAUGGAACAACAAAAAGAAAACAUGGAGAAUCUUAAAAGUCUAAAAAUUGAAGCAGAGAACAAGUAUGAUACAAUUAAAUUAAAGAUCAACCAGCUGUCUGAGCUGGCAGAUCCACUCAAGGAUGAAUUAAAUCUUGCUGACUCUGAAGUGGAUAGCCAAAAACGAGGAAAGCAGCAUUAUGAAGAUAAACAGAAAGAACAUUUGGAUACCUUAAAUAAAAAAAGAAGAGAACUCGACAUGAAGGAAAAGGAGUUACAGGAGAAAAUGUCACAAGCAAGACAGAUCUGCCCAGAACGGAUAGAAGUAAAGAAAUCUGCAUCAAUUCUAGACAAAGAAAUUAAUCGGUUAAGACAAAAAAUACAGGCAGAACAUGCUAGUCAUGGAGAUCGAGAAGAAAUAAUGAAGCAGUACCAGGAAGCAAGAGAAACAUAUCUUGAUCUGGAUAAUAAAGUAAGAACUUUAAGAAGGUUCAUUAAAUUACUAGAAGAAAUAAUGACUCAUAGGUACAAAACAUACCAACAGUUUAGAAGGUGUUUGACAUUGCGAUGCAAAUUAUACUUUGACAACUUAUUAUCUCAGCGGGCUUAUUGUGGAAAAAUGAAUUUCGACCACAAGAAUGAAACUCUUAGCAUAUCAGUUCAGCCUGGAGAGGGAAAUAAAGCUUCCUUCAAUGACAUGCGUGCUUUGUCCGGCGGUGAGCGCUCUUUCUCCACAGUGUGCUUCAUCCUUUCCCUGUGGUCCAUUGCCGAAUCACCUUUCAGAUGCCUGGAUGAGUUUGAUGUCUACAUGGAUAUGGUUAAUAGGAGAAUUGCAAUGGACAUGAUACUUAAGAUGGCAGAUUCCCAGCGUUUUAGACAAUUUAUCUUGCUUACUCCUCAAAGCAUGAGCUCACUUCCUUCAAGUAAACUGAUUAGAAUUCUUCGAAUGUCUGAUCCUGAAAGAGGGCAAGCCACAUUGCCUUUCCGACCUGUGACUCAGGAGGAAGAUGACAACACCAGUUGACAACUUAGUGCCUUGCCCUCCUGCUGAAAGAUUGUGAAGGGGUCUGGACUGGCAGAUGAAAUAGAAUGAGACUAGAGAGAUUCUGAAAUCUCCUUUCAUCUGAUCCAUCGAUUGUGGAAAGCCUAGAAAACCAGCCGCUGCCAAUAGAUAAAUGACUGCUUUCCUUGUGAAAACCAAUUUCACAAUACUGGUUUUAAACCUUUUAAGUUUGCUUGCUUUAGAGUUUCUGUGUUUUACUUGUUUGUUUUUACCAUCUACUUUUAUAAAUUUUUUCAGGAGUAAAAUUUUGUACAUAUGCACAUGUACAUAUCUGUUCAGUUUGCGUUCAUUUCUAUAGUAUUUUGUAAGAAUUAUAAUAAAAGUUUGAGCACCUGAUGUUUACUUUUGA